AGAAACACAAACGUAGUUACCUUCCACUUUCGUCAAGUAAAAUUAAAACCAUAUACCCAUAAAGUUAAACUUUAGAGGGUUUUCUUCCUAAAAAGGAUGGGGAAGUUUAUUCUUGUGAUUUCUAGUUAUGUUUUGUGUCUGGCCUUUUUUGGAGAAACACCAACAUGGGCUCGGCCAGCUGAAGACGAAGUGAAAAAUCUACCAGGAGUUGCUGGACCAUUGAGUUCUAAACAAUACUCGGGCUACCUGAAAGGAUCUGGGACCAUCAGACUCCAUUACUGGUUUGUUGAAUCACAAACGGACCCUAAGAAUGAUCCAGUUAUUCUUUGGCUGAAUGGAGGACCAUCUUGCAGCUCCUUAGAAGGCUACUUGAGUGAGCUAGGACCCUACUGGGUUAACAGCUACGGCAACAAGACCUUGUCUGUUAAUGACGACAGUUGGACUAAAGUUGCUAAUGUCAUAUUUCUGGAGUCACCGGCAGGUGUUGGCUUCUCAUAUAAUGAGAAUAAAAACUACACUACAGAUGAUGAUCAGACGGCAGAAAAUAAUUUGUUGGCCCUUGAGGAUUUUUUCCAGAAGUUUCCAAACAUGGCAAGCAAUGAAUUCUUUAUUGCUGGGGAGAGUUAUGCUGGCAUUUAUAUCCCAACCCUUGCAGUCAAAGUCAUGAAAACACAGAUUAAUUUCAAGGGGUUUGCUAUCGGUAAUGGCUUUGUAGAUGCUAAGGUUUUGAGUGAAACCAAAGUGGAGUACGCUUACUACCAUGCCCUUAUAGGGGAAAGCCUUUGGAAAAGGUAUCAAACAACCUGUGGGUCAAGCAGUAAACCAUCGACUGAAUGUGCUCAAUUAAAGCGGGAAAUUAACGAGCUGAUUGAGCACAGUGGUAUCAAUCCAUAUGAUAUAACUGGUGAUUGUAACGGGAGUUAUUCUAACUCAGACUUAGCUUCAAUCUCUAUAUUGGACUUCAUGGAUCCUGAAGCCUCAGUGGGGACAGUGAGUAAGAAGUUUCCAGGGUAUAGGAGUCCAUUCCUUCCUUGUGUUAAUAACAUCGAUAUUGAAGAAUACAGUAAGAAGUUUCCAGGGUAUAGGAGUCCAUUCCUUCCUUGUGUUAAUAACGUCGAUAUUGAAGAAUACUUAAAUCAGCCGGAUGUUAAGACAGCUCUACAUAUUCCAGACUUUAUCACUCAGAAGUGGACUCUUUGCAAUCCUGAGUUGGCAGCCAUUUACACAAACCUAUACAACACAACAAUUCCAUUAUUCCAAACUCUACUACCGAACUACCGAGCCCUUCUUUACAACGGAGAUGCAGACAUCGUAUGCAACUUUCUUGGUGAUCAGAAGUUUGUAGAGGAAUUAGGACAACCAGUCCUUGGUAAUCGUAGAGCCUGGAGGUAUAGGACUCAAGUGGCUGGAUUUGUUAAGGAGUAUAAGCAAAUAACCUUCAUGACAGUCAAGGACUCUGGCCAUAUGGUACCCCAGGUUACCCCUGGACCAGCAUUGCAAAUGAUCACCAACUUCCUAAACAACAAACCGCAAUAAAAUGGAUUGAUGUCCAAUAUCUAUAUGAGGCUUUUAUUUUUAUGAUAACUUUUGUAUGUUUUUAUGCUGCCUUGACAGAUAAAUUUCAGCAUUGAUGACAUGGUCAAAACUUUAAAGGAACACAUUGCCUUGGUUCGGUCUAUUAAAAGCGUUUGUAACCGUUUGUUAUAAAAUGCAUCUGGUUGGAAAGAUGUUUUAACCCUCUUGUGCGCAAUGGCCUCAAUUGUGGACACAAACUAUUUCACUCACUGUAACACAUCCAAACAAGCUAGAACUAUAGUUUGUAUACCACCCUGUGCAGUAAAGGCCCCUGCAUCUGUUUGUCGCCCUCAAGUGGCAGAUAGAACUGCCCUUUCAGUGAAUGGCCAUCAUGUUUACUUAGUUCAGUGGUCAUACUAUGCACGUCGAAAACCAAAAGUUUUCGCGAAUAAUUUUCAGCUUUCUUGCGAAGAUAAGUUGGUAAAAAAAAUAUGAUUGGUUUUCAUAUACUCUAUACAAUCUAUCUGUCAACAUAGUAAUCUCAAAUCAUGUCACAUUUGUGAGAGGCCCAUCGAUUUAUACAUGUCCUCAUUUGAGGACACUGCGCAAUACUGCACCAAAAAUUGCAAUAUGAACAGCGCCCUCUAUGCCGUUUGUUUACACACAUACCAUAGUAAAGAGGGCGGGGCUGCAU